AUGACGGAGAAUCAGACAUGGGUCCCAGAGUUCAUCCUACUGGGAUUUCCACUCGGCCCACAGGUGCAGAUGUUCCUCUUUGGUCCCCUCUUCUUGUUCUACACCUUCACCCUCCUGGGGAAUGGGGUCAUCUUGGCACUCAUCUGUCUGGACUCCAGACUGCAUACCCCUAUGUACUUCUUCCUCUCCCAUUUGGUCAUCAUUGAUAUUUCAUAUGCUUCCAACAAUGUCCCCAAGAUGUUGGCAAACCUUCUCAGUAAGAAAAAAACAAUCUCUUUUGCCCCAUGUAUACUGCAGACGUUUUUAUACAUGGCCUUUGCUCACACAGAGUGUCUCGUUCUGGUGGUGAUGUCUUACGAUCGGUACGUGGCCAUCUGCCACCCCCUGCACUAUACGGUCAUCAUGAGCGGGAGACUGUGCACUAUCAUGACUGCUGUUUCCUGGGCAUGUGGCUCCCUUCUAGCCCUGGUGCACGUGGGUCUCAUCCUGAGGCUGCCCCUCUGUGGGCCUCAUGAAGUCAACCACUUCUGUGAAAUCCUGUCACUCCUCAAGCUGGCCUGUGCUGACACAACACUGAAUCAAAUCGUCAUUUUUGCAGCUUCUAUGUUCAUCUUGGUAGGGCCUCUCUGCUAAGUACUGGUCUCCUACACCCGCAUCCUGGUGGCCAUCCUGAGGAUCCGGUCAGGGGAGGGCCGCAGGAAGGCCUUCUCCACCUGCUCCUCCCACCUCUGUGUGGUCGGGCUCUUCUUUGGCAGUGCCAUCGUCAUGUACAUGGCCCCCAAGUCCCGCCAUCCAGAGGAGCAGCAGAAAAUCCUUUCCCUGUUUUACAGCCUUUUUAAUCCCAUGUUGAACCCCCUGCUCUACAGCCUGAGGAACACUGAGGUCAAGGGUGCUGUAAAAAGAGUGUUUUGGAAACAGAGAUCAAGGUGA